UCUAGUUCACUGUAUCUAUGCAACCAGCACCAAGAACGUUGACCAGCACCUCCUCUAUUUACGUAGUGAGCACAUAAGCCGUAGACCACGUCGUAGACAAAUCCGGUUAUAAGAUGGCGGCGCUUACAAUGGCGUUAAAUGUUGAACUGUAGCACUCGUAAACAACUUGCAAGGCGUUUGACACGCACUACGUUUGGCGGUAAAAAUGAGUCAUGGGAGUGCAAGCAAGGUGGGGGAAAUUUUCACAGCCGCGGGAGCUGCGUUCACCAAGCUCGGUGAACUGGCUGUGCAGCUGUACUCUGCUUCCGAGCCAUCGCCAGCCGGGGGCAAGUGGACUGACGACGAGGUCGAGAUGCUGCGCAGUGCAGUGAAGCGCUUUGGAGACGACCUGAAUAAACUUAGCGAUCACAUAAAGAAUCGCACCAUCAGUCAGAUCAAGAACAGCAUGAAGCGUAAGGCAUAUGAGGAGGCAGGCAUCCCCAUCAAAAAGGCACCGCCCAAGGCAGAGGCAGCACCACCACCUCCACAACCAACCUUAGCCGCUGGCCUGCAAGCUGCUACAAAGUCUGCUGACAUAACGCUGAACAUGCUCAACGCAACCGAGACUGAAGUAGAUGUUGAAGGCUUGGGAGGAACUGGCAAACUUGACUACGACAGCUCCUCCUAAAGUCGUCAAUCACCGGAACAUCAUCCACAAAUUCAUGAUCAAGGAAGAGGAGCUCACCGACUAAGGACACUGUGCCAGCAGUCUUGUGCGGAAGCUUUACCACCAUUUCCUUGCCCUGCAAACGUACAGCUCACUCUGAUAAUUGCUGCAUGGGCAUGCUUAAUGCACAGAAACACACAUACACUCACAAAAAAGCCACAUAUAUGCACAGUUUGUGUAAACUGUAACAAACUAGUAAAAAUAUAUUAGAAUUUA